AUGGUUAAAGUUUAUAGUUAUGCUGGUAAUAUAUGCAGAGUGCUGAAUUCAUCUGUCGUGUUGAAGUCAAAUGCAUAUGCAAUAGCCAAGAGUGGGUUCAUGCUGACAUGUGGCGGUGGGAAUUGCAUGAAUGGUGUGGGGCGUGAAGACAACGAUAUGUGGUAUGAUGGGUGCGAAAACCCCGUUUUCUUCCCGAGAGCAAGUUUCAGGCUAGAACUCGAGGUGUUUGACUCAACAGCCGAAGUUGUCGUUGUCUGCUUUGAAGACACCGCCCACCGCUUGACAAAGAUCACUGCUCAUAGUAUACUCACAACAGAGUCUGGCCUGUCACGCGUCUACAGCCUUUAUUCCACUGACAUACAGGAUAAGUUCACUCAGGUGAUGGUAAGGAACGCUGAUGGAAGCAUUUUAACACUGCCGAAUUAUUUGCACUCUCUUAUGGGCAGCACUCAGACCCUACAGCUUGAUUCGUGUACGUAUUAUGAUCAUGGCCAUUUUGAAUCCUUCAACUGCAAGAAUGUCCUGCUAGAUGGGGCUGGUUGUAAGCCCUUUGGUUCUUCCACACCUCCAUCGAUCCCCGCUAAAGACAAGGGGUGCUACCCAUACCGACACCAGUUAAGCGCGUUGAAGUGA